AACAGUUUGGAAAAAGAGAAAAGCCUUUUUGGUCGAGACUCUCUUGUCGCGUGCUGCAAUUGCGGUUCAGACUAUUUAAACCGACGGCACUUAACGCCAAUUCGUUCUGUCCUGAUCGAUCAUUUCGAGUUCCUUCCUCUUCCCAAGGAGAGCGAGGAUCUCACCCAUCUUGCCGUCUUCCUCUCUCACCGAAUCUCGUGUCAUCGAUUCCUCGUUGAUUCCUUCUAGAUUUUGUCGUUUCAAGAAAAAAAAUUGCAAUAGUUUACAACACGAAGAAAGGUGUUGUCACCUCUCUUUGUAUAAAAAUCCGGUCCCCAUUUCCAUUAGCCGACCUCUUCCGGUUUUCAGUUAAUCAUUGGGGGUGGUUGCGUCCCCAAGAACGAUGGGUGGGGACUGCGAUUCCUGUGGCAUCACCAACGCCGAGCAGGAGAGCUCUUUGGUCGAGGAUUUCAGUGUCUGCACAAAGGAGAAGAGUUAUUCCAAGGGAAAGAGGUUAUGGAAGAAGGUCAAGUAUCAGUUGGUGGAAUACCAUUCCCUGCCGGCCUAUCUGAGAGACAACGAGUUCAUCAUCGGCCAUUAUCGUUCCGAGUGGCCGUUAAAGCAGAUUUUCCUGAGCAUCUUCACUAUCCACAACGAGACCCUUAAUGUCUGGACGCAUCUGGUGGGGUUCUUUCUUUUCCUCUGCUUGACGGUUUACACAGCAAUGAAGGUGCCCAAGGUGGUGGAUCUUCACCAUCUGCCGGAAGUUUUGACGAAGGCUCAUCUCCAGAGGGUGCACUCGGAGUUGAUGACGUGCUUGCCAUCGAUGCCUCACAUGGCGGAUCUGCAGAGGCUGAGGAACGAGCUCAGGACGGCGCUGCCUUCCAUGGACGUGCUUCAUUCCCUGUCGCAAUGGCACGUCUUCGAGCUCCUCUCCAAUUGUUUGCCUCAGAGCUUGUCGAGCUCCAACCACACCGACGCUUGCGUUCUGCAUAGCAUGAAAUCAGACCUUGCAAACAUGAUUGCUCCUUUGCUGAUCAGGCCUAUUACACGGUGGCCUUUCUUUGCAUUUCUUGGAGGAGCCAUGUUCUGCCUGCUUGCCAGUAGCACAUGCCACCUCCUCUCUUGCCACUCAGAACGUCUAUCUUAUAUCAUGCUCAGACUUGAUUAUGCCGGCAUUGCUGCUCUCAUCUCCACAUCAUUCUAUCCUCCAGUAUACUAUUCCUUCAUGUGCAAUCCCUUCUUCUGUAAUCUCUACUUAGGUUUCAUCACAAUUCUUGGUAUUGCUUCGAUAAUAGUAUCACUGAUGCCAGUUUUUCAGAAUCCAGAAUUUCGGAGCAUCAGGGCAUGGCUCUUUUUUGGCAUGGGCAUGUCUGGUGUUUGUCCCAUCUUGCACAAGUUAGUGGUCCAUUGGAACCAACCAGAAGCAAUCCAUACUACUGGAUAUGAGAUUCUGAUGGGCCUCCUCUAUGGGCUGGGUGCUCUGGUUUAUGCAACUAGAAUUCCCGAGAGAUGGAUGCCUGGUAAGUUUGACAUCGCUGGACAUAGCCAUCAACUAUUUCACUUGCUGGUAGUUGCUGGUGCAUAUACACAUUAUCGAGCGGGGCUAGUUUACCUGAAAUGGCGGGAUGUCCAAGGGUGCUAAAAGCAAAAGUUUACAGAGUCUGAUCUAGUGUACUGUCUUGUAGUUUUAGUUUUUCAUUCUGUGAUGGAGACGGAGCCCGAUCUAAUGUGCUGUCUUCUACUUUUAGUUUUUCAUUCUGUACCAUUUAUAUGAUGAGCAUAUGCCGGUCACCUGCAUAUCUAGAUGGUAUGGAUUCUCCAUUAUCUUUGUUUUUGAAUAAAAGCAAAAACGUAAAAUGUUGAAUGCUUGGCCGUACGGCAAACAUGAAUGAAGCUGUUAAUUGGUGUUUGAAUU